CUAUGCUGAGCAGAUACUGGGAAUGGGGUAGGAGGUAAUUCAGACACUUCCCAGCAAGGCCUGUCACCCUUGCAUCUUCCCUAGAAAUCUCUAGGCUCCUCUGGGCUGCAGUGACUCCCUUACCAUGGGUGUCUCUUCACUGCUCCCUGAGGGCUAUGCAGGACAUGUAGCUGCUGUGCUUUGUAGCACGUAAGGCUCCAGAGGUCAGGAUGGCUUUGUGCCUCUAUCCAGCUGGCCAGUUGCUUCCCACCAAGAAAGUAGCUCCCAAGAAAGCAAGCCAACAAAGUCUGGGGGCUUGCGAGAGGGAGAGCAAUGCAGGCAGAGAAUCAUUGUCUCUGAGAGCUGUGAGCUGUGCAGAGUGAGGGACAGCUGUGUUCGGAAAGGGAAGGUGUGUAUCCAGCCAGAAGGGCAAAUGUGAGGGAGAAUCUGGAGAGGGACAAUGGGAGCUUUGCCCCCUCCCAUGUGCUGCCCAUCUGGUGUCCACUGCUGCAUGUGGCUCCAGAAGAUUUCUUGAGUCCAGUGGGUCGUGGAGCAGACAGCUCUUAGACUAUCGCUAGCAGCGGAUGGCGCGCCCAAUUCAAGUGAAACCCGCAGACAGCGAGAGCCGUGGAGGGGACAGGAAGCUCUUUGUGGGCAUGUUAAAUAAGCAGCAGUCUGAGGAUGACGUGCUCCGGCUCUUUGAACCAUUUGGGGUCAUUGAUGAAUGUACGGUGCUCCGUGGACCUGAUGGUAACAGCAAAGGCUGUGCUUUUGUAAAGUUCUCAUCUCACACAGAGGCUCAGGCAGCAAUCCACGCACUCCAUGGCAGCCAGACAAUGCCCGGUGCCUCCUCCAGUCUAGUGGUGAAGUUUGCUGACACAGAUAAGGAAAGGACCCUCCGUCGUAUGCAGCAAAUGGUGGGGCAGCUGGGGAUAUUCACUCCAUCUCUCACCUUGCCGUUCAGCCCAUACAGCGCCUAUGCGCAGGCUCUGAUGCAGCAGCAGACGACAGUUCUCUCCGCUUCCCAUGGCAGCUACCUGAACCCAGGGGUCGCCUUCUCCCCAUGCCACAUCCAGCAGAUCGGUGCCGUCAGUCUCAACGGGCUGCCAGCUGCUCCCAUUGCACCAGCAUCAGGUGAGGGCCUGGAUGCAGCAGGUCCUUCACUGCCAGUGAGCCUCCUGCCCCAGCACUUGGCACAGUGCCCACCCAGGGCUACAUUCACCACCUCUCCUGGGAACAGCAGCCAUGCCGGGACUUGUAGCACCGAUUUCAAAUGGAUUUACUGGAGUGGUACCAUUCCCAAAUGGGCAUCCAGCCCUGGAAACAGUUUACACCAAUGGCCUUGUGCCAUAUUCAGCCCAGAGCCCUUCAGUAGCAGAGACUUUACACCCAACCUUCACAGGAGUUCAGCAGUAUCUGUGUAUCCGACCACCACCAUCACCCCCAUUGCACAGAGCAUCCCUCAGCAGCCUCCCAUCCUGCAGCAGCAGCAACGAGAAGGUCCUGAAGGCUGCAAUCUCUUCAUCUACCAUCUCCCUCAGGAGUUUGGAGACAACGAGUUGAUGCAGAUGUUUCUGCCCUUUGGCAAUAUCAUUUCCUCUAAGGUAUUCAUGGAUCGUGCCACCAACCAGAGCAAGUGUUUUGGUUUUGUAAGCUUUGACAACCCAUCCAGUGCACAGACUGCUAUCCAGGCUAUGAAUGGCUUCCAGAUUGGCAUGAAACGCUUGAAGGUUCAGUUAAAACGACCCAAGGAUGCUAACCAUCCCUACUGACAGCAGUAAACAAGCAGGAGUCACUUCUGCAGCACAAGGUGAAAGGAAAGUCCAGAGGAAGAAUUUCUGCUUCAGGUUGAUUUACAGAAAGGCCAGUAAAUUUAUCGACUCUUGACACCACCCCUUUCCUUCCUCUGCUUCCCACCUACCCACCCUAUCUUCCUCUUCCCCUCCUCUCCAAGACACGCAAUUAAAGAGAAGGCUCAAUAUCUGCCCAGGAGGAAGAUUCUUGCCACGACCGACUCAUAUUUGCUGCUAAUGUGGUGCAUAGCAAAGGGACCAGCAAACCAGCAGCCCCUGGGGACAUAAACCUCUUCCUCUUGGGGUAUGGCUGGAGUACGUGGACCAAGAAAACCCACUGGUGUGUCUCUAGGUUAAUGCAGUGAUGUAUGGAAGUUUAGUCCCCUCCCUCCCUCCCUCUUGCUCCGUUUCUGGCCUUUUCAUAGACAAAUAUACAUAUAUAUACAGUCUCUAUUUUUUUUUAAAGUGGCUCACAGGACCAAACUUUUCAGACUGACUGCUUGCAAGAGGUAUUGGACGUUUGGGGUUUACCUUUGCAACAGUGUCUUCUCAGCACACACUGCAGGUAGGCCUGAACAUUUUGAGAGGAUGCUUGGGGAGAGAGAGGGGGAGGGUGGCAGAGGGUAGGGAGAAAGAGAGGAUCAUCUCUCUGCUCAACAUUAGCAAGAAGGAGCAGAAAUACAUACCUCCAGGAUUAGGGCACAGUCAGAUGCUCAGCUCAAGUCGCUCAUCCACUGUAGCACCAGCCUGGUUAAGGAUCUCAAGAGCUCUCAGUCUUACCUUUCCCAGGGCUUCUGCAGACAAAGCUCCUGGAAUUUGGUGCCAGACCCCAUCCUGACAACUCCCUGAUUAGACUGAGAGCACAGGAAACCAGUCACUUUACCUACAGGAACUGUACUGCCUCCCCACACAUGGCACAGAUCUGUGUUUCAUAGUUCUCCAUGGUAACAGCAUUUUCUUGAUGAAGGCAAGAGAAGAUAACAGUGUAAGCAGAUGCAAUCUUCAAAACAGUUACAGAAUCCUCCUGGGGGCUACACACUGCCUCCCCGUGUCAGAUAAGCUAACGCUUUCCAUAAGCUGUAAAAUGUGUUGAGGGGGUUGAACGACAUAGCAGAGCUGCUUAGUGAGCUGUACUUAUUCCCAGAUGAAACAGGACGUUUUCUCCCUCUGAAUUCAGCAAGAAGACUCACCUCACGCACCCGUUUGCAAAGCUUUCCCCAGCAGAUGCAAGGAUAAUAUGAUGAAAGAGGGUUGUCAUUCUGUUUUUUCAUUUUUCCCAGCACUCCCUCCAAGAGACUGAUAAUACAUUAUGCAGCAUAUAUAUAUAUAUAUAUAUAUAUAACAUAUAUAUAUAUAUAUAUAUAUAUAGGGACAGCU